AAAAUAAAGCAUAAUAUAAUAUAAUAUAAAAUAAAAUAUAAAAUGACUGAAUCAGUUGUCAAAUAAAAUUCUCAAAAUCAUUUUCCAAAAAAUAUAUAAGAAGAAGAAGAAGAAGACUAUGAAAAAUUACCUCCAAUAACCUUUUUACAUAAAAUGACAUUCGCUCUUUUAGGCAUAUGUUCUAUGACCGGUUGGAAUGCCAUUUUAAAUGCUUUUGAUUUUUUUCAAGCUAAAUUUCCUAAAAAAGAAUUUGUGAAUGUAGCUUUUUAUUUCCCAAUUCCUAUUAUGUUCACUAAUUUUUUAAUCAGUGUAACUUUGACAAUAAUAGGACAUAUGAUUCCAAUCGAAAAACGUAUUCCUUUUUCUUUAAGAGGAGGAAUUAUUACCCUAGUUUCUAUAUGCUUAGUAGGUAUUUUCCUUCAAAAAACAUAAGUUGGUAUAAUUUUAGUAUUCAUUAUUUUAGUAUUUUAAGGAACUAUGGAUAGUAUUACCGUAAAUUCUUCUGUCGCGCUUUCUGGAGCUACUUAAAAUAGAGUAUUAAUAGUAAUUUUCUGGAACUUUACUGCUUGGUCAGGUAUUAUUAUGAAUGUUUUGAGAUUAAUCGCUUUAGGAGCUUUCGGGGAAAAAAAUUUAGAUAAAGGAACUGGUUUAUAUUUUGGAGUAGCAGCCACUUUAUAUUUAAUAGGAAGUAUAAGCAUAAUGAAAUUUAAAAAUGGUAAUUAUUUCAAAGCCGUUUAGAAAAGAGACAAAAUAAGAAAUUAAAAAUUAUAAGAGCAACUAAAAUAAAUAAUACCAAGUACUGAAAAAGACAUUGAAAAACACUAAGACAAUCAAAUAGUUAUUGAUAAUAAUAAUUAAAUAUAAACAGCUAAAUAAAUAUAAACUAAUUAAUAAAUAUAAACUAAUUAUUAAAUUUAAACAUUUCAAUAAAUUGAUGUUUUAAAUAAUAAAAAUAUGUCUUUUAUGAAUAAAAUUUUAUAAAAAAUAUUAUUAGUAGGACCUGCGCCAUUUUUUAUAUUUAUUUGUUACGUUUAAAGUUAUAUGCUUUUUCCUGGUGUCUCGGUUUACUAAAAACCUAAAUAUACAUUAAUUAAAUUCCCAUUUGCACCUGUUUUUAUGUUUGCGAUUUUUAAUAUAGGUGAUUUGAUUGGAAAAUCAAUUGGAGGAAUUAAAUUUUUAUAAAGAUAAUGGCUUGCAUUUGCAAUUAUUUUUUCUAGAUUUGCAUAUUUUAUUAUAUUUAUAAUGGUUGCUAAUAAAAAAGGAUCCAAAGAUAUAUAAAAUGAUAUUUUUUAAUAUUUUUUUUUAUUUAUUUUUGCUAUAAAAAAUGGAAUAGUAACUUCUAUUUUAUUUACCGUAGCACCUUUAAGGGCUAAUAGUACAAAAAAUAGAGAUUAAAUUAGUUACGUGUGUGUUUUCUCUUUGAAAUUAGGUAUUGCUAUUGGAUCAUUUAUGGCUUUAAUU